GUCAGGACGCCACAGUAGCUUGUCAUAUCAUUUCAUAUGAAGUUGCUGUACCUCUCUGGGACCCUCUACCAGGCCUAUGGCGCGACUUUGCCGUUUGCACAUGAUGAUAGCGCGCGGUGUGUCCACUUUCAGAGGCCAGGGCACAUUCUCAUGUACUCACAGGACACGGUCAUCUUUCCUAUUGGCAUCUCGGUGCCUUCCGACGUGGUGGCGUCCUCCGUCCCAAAGAAGAUCCGCGUGGACGCGGGCUUCGUGGGCAGUUCCAAGGGCGGUCAGGUCUCCGAGUACAAGUUCGGUCCCAUGGAGGAAGCGAGGUAUCACGACUUCUAUCGACGCCAUCGCUUUGCGCUCACCAAGUGCAAGGGCGGUUGGGAUGCCUUCCGCCAUCCAGAGAUCCUGGCCAUGGGAACCGUCCCGCGCUUCGCCGGCUUGGCGAAGGCACCGCCCUUCACGGUGCCGUUCAUCCCAAAAAGCUUACUUUUGCAAGCGGAAGAGGAGCUGCGGCCCUACUCCAAGCAUUUGGAAGCUGUCUACAAUGCGACGGUUUUGCAGCUCUUAGAUCAUACCCGGAGGUGCCUCACUGCCGAGUCCAUGGCGGCACGAGUGCUCCGCACAAUGGGCUUGUGGCCCACGAAGAGGCCCUUGAAGCUCUUGUACGUGACUUGUGGUUUUGGCUACACUGGAGCAGGUGAUGGUUGGCAAGGACCUGUGAGCAUUGGGCUCUUCUUGGGACUUCAGGCCUUGCUGCGCGAAGUGCCAGGCUCGAGGAUCGUGGAUGGGCCAGCCAUGGAUCCCAACCCAGCCAUUUGGCCGGAAGAGACUGAGCACAGGUCCAACUUUUGGUACUUGGCUCGGAAUCAUGAUCCUUGGAUCCACGAAGAGGACUUGCGACAAAGGAUGUACGGCUAUGGUUUUUCCUAUGCCCGGCGCUUGAGCGUCAAGGACUUGGCUUCACAAGCCGAACGUGAGGAUGUUCCAAAAGCCCUGCAGCGCCGCGAAUUUGAUGGGAUCAUCUACGGCAAGGUGGGGCCUGCCCAGGGUUGCGAGCCCUUGCCAUUCUACGAUGACGUGCAAGCUGCGGGAUAUCCUGGGGAGCGGGUGGCCUUCGUUUACGGCGGUGACUUCGGAUUGGCGGAAGCCCAGGUGGCGCGCCACGCGCGGAUCUUGUCGGGCCUUGGCUUGGUCUUCUUUCGAGAGAUAGACGUGCCCGACGAGAACUUCGCGUGGAUUCCUGCCCGGGUCUUUCCAAAAGCUUGCUACUGCGACCCCUUCUGGAAGCAGUUCUUCAAGUUGUGGCGGGUCCGCCUCAAAUGCUGGAACUGCGAUGAAGCGGAUGCUCCCCUGCGCACCCAGUAUUGGGAGCACUUUCAACAGGUCUGGGCUGGCUACCCCUGGUCCAAAGGAGACCAGGUGGAAUACCUGAAGCCCUGUUGGAGCGGCUUUCUACUCCUGUCCUUUGCGAUGCUCUCCCAGCCACAGAAGCUGCCCAUCGAAGAGCUUACCCUUCGAUGCAAGUUUUUCGCGCAACAUCUCCAAAAGGCUGAAGAGCACGUGACCUUCAAGCCACGCAGAUGUGUUCUGCCCCAGCUGCGGCGAGGUGCUCGUGCCUUCCGGAGAACCUUCCAAGUCGCGCCCCAGGAGAUCCAACACUUCGUCCGCUCCGCCUGCGAAGGCUUACGCGGUAGCUCAAGCCGCGGACGGCUCGAUGCCUUCGACGCUGCCUUCGUCGGUGAUGGGCGGAGCUUGCUGGAGCUGCGGAUGG